AUGUCAGAAUCAAAAAUAUCACUGGCAGUCAACAUGAACGACAAAUCAAGGAAAACUUUAAGAAGUUUAGCACCUGAUCCUACUCCAUUGCAGCACAAGAAAGAUUUGAGUGCGUCGCCCCAUAAUGCUCAACCAGAUUCAUCUAGUGGGGCAACUUCUUCAUAUUCUUCCGCUUCCUCGUCGUCUGCAUCCUCCGAAAGCUCGACCUAUACACAGUCGGACAUAAAAUCUGAUGGUGAUAAACUAGGCAUGUCUUCUGCUAUGAUAGAUCACAGAGUGGGCUCUAAACCGCCCGAUAUAGCCGCGUACUUGAUCAAUCGACUUCCACAAGAUCUUCUGAUAGAGAUCUUUUCAUGGCACCAGUAUCCUCAAAUAUUGCGUCUAGUCAACAGGGCAUUCCAUAGAGUAUCACAGUUCACAUCCACCAAGGCCCUAUGGCUUUUACGACAUUAUCCUUACUACAAGGUUUUGGAGAAAUCCAUGCGGUGGAUCUUCUUCGAUGUUGCCGUUGCAAAAACAAUGUUUUCCUUGAAUCCUGACAUAUUCUGCUCUCGGUUUUACGUUCGAAAGGCGAUCCUCAAGCUGGAUAAAGAAAAAUAUCGCUUCAAAUCAAGUAAAAAGGUGUUACAGCAUUUUGUUUUGCUCACAGGCAAGCAAUACUUCGGCUUAGAUCCGGAGGACGAUUCAGAAUUUCCACUACAAAAAGCAACUGGAGAUGACAGGGCUAUGACUGAAGCCAUACGAAGUCGACAAUGGACUGUUGUAGAACACAUUGGGUCAGUCAACGGCUACGGAUUUUGGGUUCAUACACCGUUUGCUCGCCAAAAUUUGAACAGCAUGUUGCUGGACGCCAGAAAUAUAGCCCAGUCUAUUGAAGUACCACAACCACCGAUGGAUUUCACUAGCAACGCACAGGAUAACUCAUUCUCGGAUUCAGCCUCACAUACUCCGACUAACGACUCGCCAGAUGCUUCCUCCUCUCAGGACAGUAAACGCAACAUAGCGCGGCACAAUGUUCGCAAAACUACCAUCUUACCUCAAAGCUUUUUGCGUGCUUUGCGAACAUGCCUAAGAACAAUGUGCUCGUCCUAUAGCCCGCACUAUUCACGCCAAACAUCACCUUACAGCGACAAGUAUCUUGUAAAGCUUGCUCUACAAACAGAGCUCAUAUCAGUAUAUGGUCUAGUCAUCGAAAAGCUUGGCCCAUAUCUUUCUACCAAGGACAAGGAAAAUAUUGUUGACAGUAUGAGCUUUGAAGGUGUGACUACAGACGAAACGUUUAUCCGAAUCAUCCGCGACUACAAGUUUCCAAUACAAUAUGGAAAAUGGAAUGAAAAACCAUUAUUUGCUCUCGCCUGGCACAAUAUGAGCCAUCGGAUACAUCUUCUUCUUGAACUUGGCUUUGAACCAUGCUACGUCCUUCCAUCAUCUGAUGAGAACAAUUUUAUGCAUGAUCUGCUAUGUGCAGAGAACACAUCUUUGGAGUUAUAUUUUAUGCUCCUGGACGCUGGUAUUCCGCUAGAGCUUUCGACAUUGAAGAAAAUCGUUCAAAGCACUGUCUUUGAGGGCAUCCUAUUGGGUUGGAUCAUCAAAAACUGGAGUCACAUUAACAGCAAAGUCGAAUGGUCUGUGUUACAAGAUCUUAUGGUGGCGUAUAGCUCGGAUAGCCCCAUACUAAUUCAGCCGUCGGCGAAGCGACCUGCCCAGCAUAGUCUAAUUGAUUGGAAGCGAAAAGAGGAAGAAGAAGGUCGCAAUCAACAGCGAGAGUUCGAGAUGGCUGUCCUCAGCGAACUUGAAGAAGGAAGAUAUAACGAAGAAAAUGGAUAUGCCGAUGAUGAAGGUGCCGGCUUUAGCAGUCCCGGCGGUGAUGAAGUCAGCAGAGAAGACGAAGAUGAAGGGGUCGAUGUGGAUGAUGACGCUGAGGCUGAAGCUGAACCAUUAUCAAGCGAUGACGAACAUGAACAAGCAGCUGAUUGGAGAAACAUGCCACUUGAAGGUCUCCAAUACAUCCGGUGA